UCGGAUUUACGAACGGCCAGUGGAUUCAUGCUUCAAGAACGGCCGGAUCCCGCAGCUGCUAAAGUUGACUUCUGUCAGUGCGGAAAACGUCUUGCAUUUUUGUUGAAUUACUGCUUGGAGAAAGAUGGUUGUUCGACAAUACAAUGAUGAGCUCAAGUUCCUUGAGCGCAUCAUGCCAAACUGCUGGCGAAUCAAGAAGGGGUUCCAGCCCAACAUGAAUGUGGAUGGAAUCUUUUAUGUGAACGAUCACCUAGAGAAACUCAUGUUUGAUGAGCUACGAAAUGCUUGUCGUCCUGGCAUGGUGGGAGGCUUUUUGCCAGCUAUGAAGCAAAUUGCAAAUGUUGCAGCUUUACCUGGUAUUGUCGGGAGGUCGGUUGGCCUACCUGAUGUCCACUCUGGCUAUGGAUUUGCAAUUGGUAAUAUGGCAGCUUUUGAUAUGGAUAACCCGAAAGCUGUAGUGUCUCCUGGAGGAGUAGGAUUUGACAUAAACUGUGGAGUUCGUCUUCUUCGUACCAACUUGAUGGAAAAUGAUGUUAAGCCUAUCAAGGAACAGCUGGCCCAAUCAAUGUUUGAUCACAUUCCUGUGGGUGUUGGUUCAAAGGGUAUCAUCCCCAUGACGGCACGAGACUUGGAGGAAGCCCUAGAGAUGGGCAUGGACUGGUCACUAAGAGAAGGCUAUAUAUGGGCUGAAGAUAAGGAACACUGUGAAGAGUAUGGGCGAAUGGCACAGGCUGAUCCUGCCAAAGUUUCAAUGCGAGCUAAGAAAAGGGGGCUGCCACAGCUAGGUACUCUGGGUGCUGGCAACCAUUAUGCAGAGAUCCAGGUUGUGGAUGAAAUAUACGACAAGUGGGCGGCCAGCAAGAUGGGAAUCGAGGAGAAAGGCCAAGUUUGUGUCAUGAUUCACUCGGGCUCCAGGGGAUUUGGCCAUCAAGUAGCUACAGAUGCCCUUGUUGCCAUGGAAAAGGCCAUGAAGAGAGAUGGCAUUGACACAAAUGAUCGACAGUUAGCAUGUGCCAGGAUCAAUUCCCCUGAAGGCCAGGACUACCUCAAGUCAAUGGCAGCAGCAGCUAAUUUUGCCUGGGUUAAUCGUUCAUCCAUGACGUUCCUCAGCCGACAGGCUUUCGCCAAAAUGUUUCAAACGAGUCCUGAUGACCUUGACAUGCAUGUGAUAUAUGAUGUUUCACACAAUAUUGCCAAGAUUGAACAACAUUGGGUUGAAGGGAAACUACGUACAUUGCUGGUUCACAGGAAGGGUUCUACACGUGCUUUUCCACCACAUCACCCACUGAUUCCGGUAGACUACCAGUUGACUGGCCAACCUGUCCUCAUUGGAGGAACAAUGGGCACCUGUUCCUAUGUUCUCACGGGUACAGAACAAGGCAUGAUGGAAACAUUCGGGUCAACCUGCCAUGGUGCUGUAAGUAAAUGCAGUGAACAUGAUAGAUUGUAUUAUUUUCUGAAGCCUGCCUGCCAUCUCCUACAGUGGUCUAAGGAUCAUGAUAAGUCACAUUAG